UCUCCUGACCCGUUUAUAAAUACCAACUCAUCGUCGUCUCAGCUCCGCAUCAUACCAUCAUCAUUGUCUUUCCUUCUUUCUUCUUCUUCUUCAGUCAUGGUGGUUCUUUCUCCAGGAGCGAUCGACCAAUUUGCCCUCAUCAAGACGUGCAGGCCGAGCGGUGCCGUCUUCGAUGGGGUCCCCGUCGUCGACCUGUUGAGGCCCGACGCCGCCACGGUCGUGGUCCGGGCGUGCGAGGAGUUCGGGUUCUUCAAGGUGGUCAACCAUGGGGUCUCGCUGGAGGUCAUAAAUAGGUUGGAGGACGAGGCGGUGAAAUUCUUCGGCUUGCCGCAGUCCGAGAAGGACAAGGCCGGUCCUCCCGACCCUUUUGGCUACGGGAACAAGCGGAUUGGCUGGAACGGCGACGUCGGCUGGAUCGAAUACCUCCUCCUACACAGCAACUCUAGCGAGGAUGACCAGAAACUGUCUCCCUCCUUUUCUCAGGGAAACCAGGAAUUUUUCCGAUGUGCAGUGGAGGAAUACGUGAGAGCAGUGAAGGAGGUGGCGUUCCGAGUGGCGGAAUUGAUCGCCGACGGGCUCGAGAUCGAGCCGAGGGACGUGUUGAGCAGCAUGUUGAGGAGCGAGGCGAGCGACUCGUGCUUCAGGCUGAACCAUUACCCGCUGUGCCCGGAGCUGCAGGCGCUGACCCCGAGCCCGAGUAGUCGCAACCUGAUCGGGUUCGGGGAGCACACGGACCCGCAGAUAAUUUCUAUCCUGAGAUCCAACAACACGUCGGGCUUCCAGAUAUGCCUCCGGGACGGGGCUUGGGUCUCUGUCCCACCCGAUCACUCCUCCUUUUUCAUCAAUGUUGGUGAUUCUUUGCAGGCAUUGACCAAUGGAAGGUUCUGGAGUGUGAAGCACAGGGUGCUGGCUGGCCAUGGCAAAUCAAGGAUUUCAAUGAUAUACUUUGGGGGACCAGCUUUAGAUGAAAAGAUAGCACCUUUGCCCUCCCUGGUGGCUGAGGGGGAGAGCAGCUUGUACAAGGAGUUCACAUGGUCUGAAUACAAGAGAUCUGCUUACAAAACUAGGCUGGCUGAUUACAGGCUUGGACUCUUUGAAAAACCAAGGGUCCAGUGAUUACUUUUCUUCUUGUUCAAGAUUCAAGAAAACAAAACAAAAGAUUAACCCCAUUGGAGCAAAAUCAUAUACUAGGGUUUUUUCUUCUUCUUGAAGCUUUUCAACUAGCCACAGAUUGGAAGCCAAACAGGGGGUUUGACUGGUCCUUUCUUGAUUAGAUUCUUUUUUUGCCAACCUUUUUCCUCAUUAACUAGUGUUUUGCUCAUUUCCCCUUUGCCCAAAUAAUGAUAUGAGGACAUGAUGUAAUUUCAUCACCUGAACCGAAUUGUUCCUUUUACACCCUCUCACCGUGGGCCUAGCAUAUGCAGGAACUCAGAUUCAGUAAAUGAUGGAGUACAUGGCAAAGGAAGAGGUGCACUCUAGUAUCCUCCUUUAUAUGGAAGUCCUUAACUCAAGAAUGUAAGCUGUUGACUGGUGGAGGGCACAUGUGUCUGAUUGUAUAUUGGUCGAGGGGGCAGUGGUAUCUGACCCGAAUUGAUAGGAAAUAG